GGAGAAAGCGGCGGGUCUUUCUCUUUACGCAUGCGCUCUCGAAGGAUUCGCUGCCAGGAGGAGAAGGUGGUGUGGGGGUGUCCGCACGUGAGAGACAUGAAGAUUAUCUCCGCUUGACUCCUCCCUCUCCGCUUUAGGCCCCGCCCCUCCAGCGAGGUGUCCGAGUGAGAAGUCGCUGCGCAGCAACAGAUCCAGCAGCGACAGCAACAACAGGAGGCGGCCUCGGUAGCGGCAGAAAUAGGAGCGGCGACGACCGCGUAGGAGCUGUUGGUGGCAGAGGAGGAGGCGGAGGAGGCCCGGCUGCCGCAGCCAUGGUGAAGAUCGCUUUCCAGUCGCCGUUCGCCGGCAAGGACGAGCCCAAGAAGGAGGCGGCGGAGGCGCUGGUGGCCGACAAGGACCCGGAAGUCGCAACACAAAGCCAUGAAAGUUCAUCUGGAAGGUGUCUGCUGACUCUUUUGGGUCUCGCGUUCAUUUUAGCAGGAGUAGUGGUUGGUGGAGCCUGCAUCUACAAGUACUUCAUGCCAAGGCACAAAGUGUUCCGUGGGCAAAUGUGCUAUGUGGGAGAGGACAAUCAAGACCAGGCAUCUGAGCCCUACUUCUUGCCCAUUGCUGAGGAAGCUGACAUCCGAGAGGAUGAUAACGUUGCCAUCAUUGAUGUUCCUGUUCCAAAAUUUUCUGACAGUGAUCCUGCAGCUAUUGUUCAUGAUUUUGACAGGCUCCUGACUGCCUACCUUGAUCUGCAGCUGGGUAACUGCUAUGUGAUCCCUCUGAACACAUCAAUUGUUAUGCCACCACAGAAUCUGGCGGACCUCUUUGCAAAAUUAGCGACUGGUUCCUAUUUGCCUCAGACCUACCUUGUUCGUGAAGAAAUGGUUGUGACGGAAGAGAUUGAUAAUGUGUCAGAUCUGGGCAUUUUCAUUUAUCAGCUCUGUGUAGGGAAGGCAACUUUCAGGCUUCAGCGCAGAGAUAAGAUAACUGGCCUCCAAAAACGCUCAGUUGAGAAGUGCCACUCAAUCCGGCACUUUGAAAACUUGUUCGUUGUCGAAACCAAGAUCUGUCGGCAAUGAAAGGUACAGGGUGGAAAUUGACAAUCGCACAUCUUCAUUAAGAAGUCCAAGCUUUACAUCUUAAUCUUCAGAAUUAAAAUGUGCAGUGAUAAUCAAAAGCCUUACGCUUUUUUGUGGAUUGCUUAGAUUUAAAAACAAAGAACGAAACUCUGAAUUAACCAUGUUUUUUCUUUGUAUCCCUGGUGCUGGUAAAUGUUCCAGGUAUCAUGUCUGAAUGAAAACUAAUACUUAAAAGUGAUGCCCCCAUAUCCACCUGAUUGUCUGUUUCACAGCACAACCCUACACAUGUCUACUUGGGUGUAAUUCUCACUGAGUUAAAUGAGAUUUGCUCCCAACUAAGCAUGUAGGAUCGCAGCCUCAAAUUCACUCAAAAAUACAGGUACCCAAUUCCUGCAUAGAAAUGUAAUCUAAUCACCACUUGACUUCACAAAAUGAUAAAUUUAACGUAUAUGGUUUGCACAUUUUACGUAGCUCUAUAAAAUUUCUCUGCGCUCAGUCUCCUGGUAAGAAACUGCAUCAAGACUUCUAAAGUUUAUUUGAACUUCAUGUGUGAAGCAUGUAAACAUUAACCUUGGUAAUCAUAAGGAUUUUUUUUCAUUUUGUGCAAUUACUGUAUUGAACUUGUAUGUAUAUUUGGAACCUUCCCUGAGCUGACCUUAACUCCCUUUUUCUUUUGGUUUUUGUGAUAUUUAGUUAUAUAUCAAGGCACAUUUACUCUUUAAAAGCUUUUACGUUAGUAUUUUGGUGCUGGACUGGUUUCAACAUCUUAACUGCGAGCUUAUGUAAUUACAACCUGAUUUGGCCCAAUUGUCAAUGUUUCCGUAGCUGUGAAUUCCCUCCCAGCCUAUCUUUGAAACUUUUAGAGAAGAACUUCUUAUAAGCAAAGUAGCACUAAUACUGCAGUCAAAGGUAUUAGGACACCACUUAGGACAGCGGUGAAAUAUGGUAAAGGGAUUGUUAGUGGGCUGCUGAGUUGAGUGUUUUAUAUGAGGGACUUUAUAUUUCUCACAAAUCCUGCAACCCUCUAAUAAAUGUUUCUCUAAGA